AUGUAUUCAACUAUGAAUCCUUGGGCGCAACAACCGCCACCGCCUGGAACGCAGGGACAAUACGGGUACCAGCAACGUGAGCACAAAGCCCCUCCAGCUUAUCACUCUGUACAAGUCCGACAGUCCUUUAACGCUCCUCCUCUUCAUUACGUGCCCGUAGUUCAACAACCUUUCCCACCGCCUCCACCACCCACCAUGGCUCCAGUUCAAGCUGCACCCCCAAGAAAGAAGAUCGAUUGGCCACAACCUGUACGAAACUACGUUUCGCGUUCCUUCGAGCCGAAAGCCCUCCUUGAUGAUGUAUCUAGACCUGAUAUGGAAGCCAAGUUGAAGCAAACCAUCACGGACGCCACUGAUAACAACACCCUGGAUACCCUCGAUUGGGACAAUCUUCCUCUACCGCAGCAGAUGAUCCGUCAAGAACGCGCACAAACCUGGCAACAGGAGUCUGUCGAUCUGCGAAUGGGUGGAUUAGGAUUGAUCAAUUCGAAGAAGAGGAAGUCCCAAGAGCUUGGCGAUGAGGACUCCAAUGCAACCCCUCCAUGGCGUACUAACAAUCGAAUCGAAGAUCGCAUCACGUAUGACCCCUCUCAAUGCGCUUUUCAGGACGAUUCGCACAAAAACACAAGUAAGUUCCAGAAGAACCUGGAGAAACGACAAAAGCGCUUUGAUACCGGGUACAAAUCGUAUAAGAAAUCUCCAUCCCCAGAGCCGACCGCUGGCCCAGUUGUUGGCACAUACGAGGUGCUUGAGAAGAAAUACUUCCGACUUACAUCCGCCCCCAUUCCAUCACAAGUUCGUCCUGAGCAUGUCCUGAGAAAGACUCUUGAGCUCCUUAAGAAGAAGUGGAGAUCGGAGAACAACUACUCUUACAUUUGCGAUCAGUUCAAGUCAAUGCGGCAAGAUCUCACUGUCCAGCGCAUUCGCAACGAGUUUACAGUUACCGUCUACGAAAUCCAUGCCCGGAUCGCCCUAGAGAAGGCCGAUCUUGGUGAGUAUAAUCAAUGCCAAACCCAGCUUCGUGCAUUGUAUGCACAGAAUCUUGGCGGAAACCCAGUGGAAUUCAAGGCGUAUCGUAUCUUGUAUUUCAUUCACACAUCUAAUCGUACCGCCUUGAACGACGUUUUGGCGGAUCUAACCACAGCAGAGAAAGAAGAAAAGGCCAUCAAGCAUGCUCUCGGUGUACGAUCGGCAUUGGCAUUGGGCAACUACCACAGAUUCUUCAGGCUUUACCUCGAAACUCCGAAUAUGGGCGCCUAUCUUAUGGAUAUGUUCGUCGUCCGAGAACGUCUAGCUGCUCUUGCCAAUAUUUGCAGAUCGUACAAGCCAGAUGUCAGCAUUCGUUUUAUCGCCGAAGAACUUGGAUUCGAGUCCGACCAUCAAGCUGGCCAAUUCAUCGUCGAUUAUAAUGGUCAAGAUCUCCUCGAGGAGAAAGGCACCGAACUUCGAUUCCUUGCCGGAAAGGGCUUCGCGCUCUUUGAAGCAGCCAGAAACAAUGCUUUCCGGAAGGUCGAUAUCAAAGGCCAAAUCUAA